CGAACACAAACGAGACGAGUACGGGGCGAGAGGACAAAGAACGGAGCCCGGAAAAGAGAAACAGAGAAAGAGAAACGGAAGAAGAUGGACGAAACAUCGUUUGGGCUUCUAUGCUUGUGUCCUACCUACGCAUACAAGUAAACGAUCCGAUAAACGAGAGGCCCGCAUCUUUGAUACGCAAAUGGAACGACAUUGACUCUUUCAAACUCAUUAUACUAAAUGUCGUUUCGUUGGAAAGGCAGGAGGUUUAGGUCAGAAUAGGUUGCGAGGGAGUGCAUCAGCCAUGAAAGUGACUCAAAGCGAGCAAGUUGAAUCAUAGCCAAUUGUAGAUCGUAGAUAAUAUUGGCGUUCGUUACAAACGAUCUGGUAGGGAUAACGCCAAGAUAGCAUGCAAGGAAACUGUAACGUUAAUAAGGUUUUAUUUGCUUUUGUUAAGAAAUUAAUUUAAUUUCCGUCGAUGAUGAACCGUGGGAGAAGAAGCCUGACGAAUACGUAAGCUUAAAUUGUAUUUCAUUUUUCAAGACCUCAUUCGUAUUUUGAUUUAUCAAUAAUAUACCACGGCAUCGAAAGGUAAAAGUACGAUACUGCUUCGAUUAUGGAUUCUUCGCGACACGUUGCUGCGUUCACUGGUAACAACCCCCAUUCCUUUCUCUUCCGUACGUUCCAACCUUCUAACAUUCCAUGCUGCUCACGCUCUCGGUCUUCGCCGAUGUAAUUUCUAUUCUGUUGCAUUCUCUACAUUUUUCAUUCAUAUUCGAUAUAAUUUCAAAAAAAGAAGAAACUUUCUAUUCUUUUACCCAUAACCAUUACUAGUGAACAACGCCACGUGCGUUUUUUUCGUUUCGGAACAAAAGUGUCCAGCUUUAAAAACGUUUCUGGUAAAUGUCUUCACCGAUCGAUUCGUGCCUGCUUGUGCGACAGCCGUGUAAAGUCGAAACACGUGGUCAUUAUCCUCUCAGCAACCAUAUUUCCUGAAUAACACUCGACUCUGGGACCACCAGUCGCUCCCUCUAUUCAAUCUUCCGCUCGUUCUUUUUAUGGUACAUCAAGGAAACGAACGUUUCUGGUUGUAAAUCUUGAGUGAUUGCUGCUAUAACAGCGGCUCUGUUACGUAUCUCUCUCGUUUCCGUAAGAAAUCUCAGAUGUUCCCGUAAUUGUUUACAAAUUCCUAUUAGAUUCUUUUUUCGUGGAAAAGAGUGCUUUUGCUCAUCCAUCGAAUCUUGGUCCCGUCAAUGACACAGGAUUUAAUUAGCGUGGAUGUUUUUAUCGGUAAAUUGGCAAGAGAAUCAUCAACGACGGUGUUCUGACCAUCCGCAAUAUUUUCUCGGUUGACGCGCGAUUCUCCUUCUCCUUCUCCUUUUCGUUCCUCGUUUACUGCACCGUCACUUCUGAGAAUAGUAACUGCACGUAGAACACGUUACUAGUUGUUUACGUACAUGCGUUUACCUACGUGUCCACUUUCUUAACACAUCCUAGCAUGCAUCGUUCAAAAUCAAGGACGCCCUCUAUGUCCCCUGCGAAACUAUAUUUAUUUUUCUUAAUUGACCUACACCAAUCUUCUUCUCUCUACCGGCUGCAACAGUUUCAUUAAAGAAGAAUUGCAGACGCGUAUAUACAGCUGCUAUUAACCUUGUUCAUUUAUUGUUCGUGAAUGCCUUGAAGCACCGAACAGGAACGUUUCCGGAAAAUAACAACCGGUAAUGUCGGCAUUGUAUCUUACUACCUACGUACAAUAACAUAGCAUUUUGUACAUUGAACGCUUUCAAGGCGAUACCGAGACGCGAACGACAGGAAGAUUUUCCGCUUUUUGUUCUUUUCCUAUGCUCUCCAUCUCUGCAUAGUCACAAAAUAAACCGUACGACUUCUGCGCCACUGACACGAGUUAAACUCGACGACCUCGUGUACACAUGCCACACAUCACGUACGCGGACAUUUUAUCGAUAACUAUUAUACUCUUUUACGCUGUAGAUCGUAGACUAUUUUAAAUAUUAAUAGAACAAUCAACAGAUGCUUGUUUUGUUAGUUCGUAAAAUUAUUAUUUCAAUUUGUCACGUACGAGUAUACAAAUUGCCUUUAAUUAAGGUUAAUACGUAUUGCGUGGCUUAUCUAUUAGACUUUUGAUCAAGUCUAUGUACAUCAUUAUCUUUAAUUUGAGAAGGAAAACAUAUUUUUUUUUUUUUUAGAGUCGUCCAAACGUUUCGACAACAUAGAUUCUACUGCCAUCUAUGAACUAGCGUAUACGUAACAAUUUUAUGAAUGUGUCACAUAAAUUGAUCGCUGUUCCGAUCUCGUCCGGGAACAAACUUAUCACCAUAAAAUUUUAUUUAUGUUACGUUUCGUAACGCUCUAGUGCAUACACACCAGCGUGUAUCAUCACGCCACACAUUCAAAAUUAAAUUACUUAUGCAUUUCGAUCGUCCAUUUUUGUUUAACAAUUCAGUCGUUCUAAAUGUAGUAAACAUAUAUCCAGUCACGUAACAAAAGUUAAUUGUUCAAGGAAUAUUUAAAAGAAAACUGUUAAAAAUAGUAGCAUUAAAGCUACCUCCUAGUGUGGCGUACGUGAUCAGAUUCAGGUAUUCAACCUUGACCGACUUUCGUGUCUUCGACCAGCGCAGACCGCACUAUACCCUUCCACCCCACCCUCUGAAUGUAUUUCCCUUUUUAUUUUGCAUCGUUUAAAGCUUUUAUAAUAGCGAUCAGAUAUUACUUGCAGUAUAGGGCUCAGAAAAUAAUAAAUACACAAAUAAAUAAAUAAAAGUUGCGCAUAAACAGUUUAUAAUGCAUUUAUUAACUGAUAUUUUUAACAUCAUUCUUUUUGUUUUGCGUUGUAUAAGCAACAUAGAUAUUUGACUAAUUCUAUGAAGAUAUUUCCUUUUUUCUUUAUUUUGCGCCAAUUUGUUACAUAUCAUUGUCGAAAUUGUGCUGUGUAUCGAUAAUCUCGAACUAUUCGAUAUUCGGUUCCAUGCGAUAUCACGUGUGUAUAAUGUUUGGUACCGUCCGGCAAUUGCGUAUAGGUUAUGUACGAUUUAACAAAGAUGACUGAUAUUAUUUAAAAUUUCCGAAGAAUAGUGAAGUACAGAAAGAAAUAAGGUAUAAUGUAUAUAUCAGGAAUUAGACCUUGGUUGUAUCAACCACAUUCGCAAGAAGUUUAUCGCACUUUGAAAUUUCGAUAUUUUAAGCAGAAAUGUUUGUCGAGAAAUAUUCAAUCUCAGGCGGAUCCAAAGGUCCUAGCUCUACGUGAGAAAUUAUUGUAUUGCGAUUAUUUGGAUCUGCACAAAGUGCGAAUGGGAUUUAAGACACGUCAGAAAGUGUACAUUCAAGAGAAGCGGUUCAAAGAAAAAUUACAUUUUGAAAAGCUGGCUUACGAGCCUGUGUAUAGCGUUAUGCUCGACAAUGUACAGCAAAAGGAUAAUCAAGAAUCCUUACAAAAAGAAGAACACGAUGCAAACGUAGAUAAUAAGAAAGCGGGACCUUUGUAUAUGCCAUACGCGAGAACAGAUUCGUAUGAAAUUAUCGACGACGUAGAGUUGGAUGAUACGAUAAACGAAACUUCUUUAGAUGAAAAGUACUUAGAGGCAAAGAAAAAUUACUCGAACGAUCGAAAUUCGUUAGAGGUAGAACAGGACGUGGAAAAUGACACGAACAAUGCGUUACCAGAAGGAGAGUUGUGGAAAGUUCCACCAAAUUGGAUGAUGGAUUAUGAACAAUACGAUGAUACUCCACUCUAUUCAGAGUGGUACAAAAAUUAUGGUACAUCUGAUCCUAGUUCUAAAAGUAGCUCUAUUCCGUGCAGUGGAUGCGGUGCGUUAUUGCACUGUAAAGAUCCAGCAUUCCCUGGAUUUAUACCAUCUGAAUUGUUUUCUCGUAAAAAAGAAGAAGAUUUGAAAUUAAUGAUUUGUCAAAGAUGCCACUUUUUAAAGUAUUAUAAAGCAGCUUUAAAAGUAAACAUAUCGAUAGAAGACUAUCCAAAACUGUUGAAAGUAAUUAAAAAUAAAAAAUGUGCUAUUAUUUUGGUAGUAGAUCUAACUGACUUUCCUUGUAGCAUCUGGCCAGAUUUGAAAAGUAUCUUGCACCCCUUUACUCCUAUAUUUCUAGUUGGCAACAAGAUUGAUUUGCUACCAAUAGAUUCUUCUUCUGGUAUAUUCUUGAACCAUGUCAAGCAGCUAUUAACAGACACAGUUGUAGAUAUAACUGGAGUAUCAAGACAGAAUAUUACACACGUGGAACUUAUAUCUGCUCAGACUAAAUUUGGUGUGGAACGACUCAUAAACAAGUUGCAACACAAAUGGGCAACCAGAGGUGAUGUUUACUUAGUCGGCUGUACAAAUGUUGGAAAGUCCACCUUGUUCAAUACUUUAUUAAAUUCUGAUUAUUGUAAAGCACAAGCGAUUGAUCUUAUACCACGCGCUACUGUCUCUCCUUGGCCAGGAACAACGUUAAAUUUAUUAAAGUUUCCACUUUUAUAUCCAAGUUCUGAGAGGCUACAAUUAAGAAUAAAAAGACUUCAAAAGGAACGACAGCCUAAACAGGAAUGGUUAGAGAUUAGAAAAGCAGAGUUUAAGAAAACAAGGGAUAUUAAGUACGCGACUUUAACAGAUUUUGUUGGACGUACCUUCUCCCAGAGAUCAACAACCGUGACGUUCGAUCCUUUUGGGGAGGAAUCGCACAAGUUUAUGACAAGGAAGCCUACGCUAGACGAAUCUAAAGAAGAGUAUAAAGAUAGUCGAUGGUGCUACGAUACUCCGGGUACUGUACAAAGGGACCAAAUACUAGAUUUGCUAACGAUCGACGAACUGGUGCUAACUUUACCAAAGAUUACUAUGUCACCAAGAACAUUUGAUCUUAAACCGAAACAAACCGUAUUCGUGGCUGGUUUAGGAAGACUAGAUUAUCUGGAUGGAGAAUAUCAUAUACGGUGUACGCUAUUUUCGAAUAGCAGGUUACCCAUAACGAUAUGUUACACCUCUGAUGCAGACGAAGUGUAUAGUCGAUUGUUGGAAACCGAAGCCUUUGUUGUGCCAACGAACGAUCCAGAACGAUUAAAAGUUUGGCCGAAAUUCGAGUCGAAAGAAUUUAAAGUGACUGGCCUCGAUAAGCAAUCUGCCGCUGACGUUGUCUUGUCCAAUGCGGGUUGGAUCGCGAUCACCCCAUACGUAAACGAAAAUGUUGAAUUGAGAGCGUGGACGCCACAAGGCCGUGGUAUAUAUUUAAGGACGCCGGCGCUAUUGAGAAGAUCGGUGCUUCUUCGUGGCUGGAAAGCACCAGGAACUCCACUGUAUUUACUAGGACGAAAAGCAUACGUAUAACGCUAACAGGCGGUAUCCACGUAUUUCCAAUUUAUUGAUUUCUUUGAUAUUACAUCGACAAUUUGUUGACAAAACAGUGGACAACUUUUAAAAGACAUUAGCUUCUUGUGCUCGACGCCUGGCUUGUUUGUGCAUUCUUUUGUAAAAACGUUCCAGAUUUUUAUAGAAACCGUGCUUUGUUUCGUCCGGUUGUUGCAGGUAAAGAGCGUUACACUCUGAAAUACUAAACAAUUUUUUUACAAACGUU